GGCGGGCGCGCUGGGCUGGGGGCACGGCUGCGCUGCAGAGAUGUGACUCGGACCGAGGGCCAGCAGGAGCAUCAGCGCUGCGGGACCGCUGGGGUCGAGAGAAAGAUGAGGACCCACCAGGCGCUCGCUUUCCUCCUGCUCUUCGUGAUUGCCUCCGGGGCCUCCGAGAACACCAGCACGUCCCGGGGCUGCGGGCUGGACCUCCUCCCUCAGUACGUGUCCCUGUGCGACCUGGACACCAUCUGGGGCAUCGUGGUGGAGGCCGUGGCGGGGGCGGGCGCCCUGAUCACACUGCUUCUGAUUCUCAUCCUCCUGGUGCGCCUGCCGUUCAUCAAGGACAAGGAGAAAAAGGACCCCGUGGGCCUCCACUUCCUCUUCCUCCUGGGGACCCUGGGCCUCUUCGGCCUGACGUUCGCCUUCAUCAUCCGGGAGGAUGAGACCAUCUGCUCCGUCCGCCGCUUCCUCUGGGGCGUCCUCUUCGCGCUCUGCUUCUCCUGCCUGCUGAGCCAGGCGUGGCGCGUGCGGAGGCUGGUGCGCCACGGCAAGAGCCCGUCGGGCUGGCAGCUGGUGGGCGUGGCCCUGUGCCUGAUGCUCGUGCAGGUCAUCAUCGCCGUCGAGUGGCUGGUGCUGACCGUGCUGCGCGACGAGAAGCCGGCCUGUGCCUACGAGCCGAUGGACUUCGCGAUGGCCCUCAUCUACGACAUGGUGCUGCUCCUGGCCACCCUGGGGCUGGCCCUCUUCACGCUGUGCGGCAAGUUCAAGAAGUGGAAGCAGAACGGGGUCUGCAUCCUGGUCACGGCCUUCCUCUCCGUGCUCGUCUGGGUGGCCUGGAUGACCAUGUACCUCUUCGGCAAUGCGGAGCUGCGGCAGGGAGACGCCUGGGGAGACCCCACCUUGGCCAUCACGCUGGUGGCCAGCGGCUGGGUCUUCGUCAUCUUCCACGCCAUCCCAGAGAUCCACUGCACCAUCCUGCCCGCCCCGCAGGAGAACACACCCAACUACUUUGACACGUCGCAGCCGAGGAUGCGGGAGACGGCGUUUGAGGAGGACGUGCCGCUGCCGCGGACCUACAUGGAGAACAAGGCCUUCUCGAUGGAUGAACACAGUGCAGCUCUCCGAACAGGAUUUCGCAAUGGCAGCUUGGGAAAUAGACCUAGCGCUCCGUUCAGAAGUAACGUGUAUCAGCCAACUGAGAUGGCCGUUGUGCUCAACGGGGGGACUAUCCCAACUGCUCCGCCAAGUUACGCUGGAAGACACCUCUGGUGAAAGACUUUAAGUUCCAGAGAAUAAGAAUCUCUCUUACCGAUUUU